AUGUUGGAUCAAGGAUCAAUUCCUUUAAUUAAUUUACCAUUACAACAACAAAAUUCUCGUCCACCAAACAACCAUCAAAAUCUAAGUCAACAACGUCCACCAAAUAAUGUGCAAGAAGGAAGAGAACGUUUUGCUCGUGAAAAUCAUAGUGAAAUUGAAAGAAGGCGAAGAAAUAAAAUGACGCAUUAUAUUAAUGAAUUGGCUGAUAUGGUCCCACAAUGUGCAGCUUUAGGAAGAAAACCUGACAAACUAACAAUUUUACGCAUGGCUGUGUCUCAUAUGAAAUCAAUUCGUGGAGAUUUAUUAAAUUCAAAUAAUCAUCAAAAUCCUCCAUCAUUUUUGACUGAUCACGAAUUGAAGCAUUUAAUUAUGGAAGCGGCAAAUGGAUUUCUGUUUGUUUUGUCUUGUGAAGAUUCUAGAGUUAUUUAUGUUUCUGAUUCGAUUUAUCCAGUUCUUAAUGUUUCCCAGGAAGAAUGGCUAAACAGAGCAUUUUUUGAUUUAAUACAUCCUGAUGAUAUAGAAAAAGUUAGUGAACAAAUAUUAUGUCCAAAUGAUGGAGAUGUUGGCUUUAAUAAUAAAAUUGUUGAUUUGUCUACUGGAACAAUUAAAAGAGAUGUUCAACCAACUAAUCGAAUACAUUUAAAUUGUAGAAGAGGUUUUAUUUGCAGAAUGAGAAUUGGCAAUAUUAAUGCUUUACCACGAUUACAAAAUAAAGGACCAAUUUUUGAACAUUGUGGGUCAUAUUAUGUAGUUAUGCAUUGUACAGGUUAUUUAAAAAAUGGAAAACAACAACAGCAACAACAACAACAAAUGUCUUCUUCCUCUUCAAAUAUUAAUUGUGGAUUUCAAUUGAAUACAAAUGAAUUGACAGGUUUUUAUUUUUACUUAUUUUUAAGUGGAAUAGGGUAA